AUGUGGGGCAUGACCAUGCAGUCGAUAAACGGCACUUUCUCAAUGCAUCUUCCGGAGGGGUUUGCUCCCGGCGGCGUCGGGGCUCGGUCUCUCCCCAGGUUUGGUCCUCGCCACAUCCGGGCCGAGUCGGUGAUGCUGCGGCGGUACAACCUCAGCACCGGGGCCGCCCCUUUCGAUUCCCUCCUGGUCGCCGACGUCGGGGACGUGAACGUGAACCUCUACAACCUGCCCGACAGCUGCCGGCGCAUCCGCGAGUGCUACGGGAAGAUAGUGGCCUCUGGCUGCGUUCCCCUCACCCUGGGUGGAGAUCACACCGUAACAUACCCCAUCCUGCAGGCCGUGGCGGAAAAGCACGGCCCCGUGGGGCUGGUGCACGUGGACGCUCACGCCGACACCGGCGACGUGGCCCUGGGGGAGCGGAUCUACCACGGCACCCCGUUCCGGCGCUGCGUGGAGGAAGGGCUGCUGGACUGCGGGCGGGUGGUGCAGAUCGGCCUCCGGGGCUCCUCCUACACCCCCGAUCCGUACAAGUGGGCGCAUCCGCAGGGUUUCCGAGUCGUCCUGGCUGAAGACUGCUGGAUGAAGUCGCUGGUGCCGCUGAUGCAGGAGGUGAGGAAGCAAAUGGGGGACAAGCCUGUUUACAUCAGUUUUGACAUCGACGGCCUCGACCCUGCGUACGCCCCGGGAACGGGGACGCCCGAGAUAGCCGGGCUCACGCCCGCCCAGGCUUUGGAGAUUAUUCGUGGCUGCAAAGGCCUGAAUGUAGUGGGAUGUGACCUCGUUGAAGUGGCACCAAUAUACGAUGCCUCCGGUAACACGGCCCUCUUGGGGGCCAAUCUGCUCUUCGAAAUGUUGUGCGUUCUUCCCAAAGUGAAAACCGUGUAAGGCCAGUGGCUGCCUCACCCCAGACUUCUUUGCGACCCGUCGCGGUAAAACACAGAACGGACAAAGAUGCCGUAAUGGACCUUGGUCGAGGCGAUCAGCCAUCAGUGUCCUGUCCUCCACAGCCAGCUGCAGUUAAUGAGCGCUUUCCAGUAAGGAAUAAAUGUCAUUUACCGCUAGAA